AUGUCGCAGCUGCACUAUCCCACAUACAGGCACUCGAGAAGCCGUCAAGUUGGGAUCCAAGAUCUGGUGCUGGAAGACGUCCUUAAGCUCGAAGCCACCCAAGGCGUCGUCUUAUCAUGGACGAUAUUGACGAGCUUUACGAACCCUGUCCCCGUCAUGAAGUGGUCCUUGGGGUCAACUUUUCGGAUACCACCCCGGUACCGCUCUGGCAUGCUCUGUUACGUAUGGCGGAGUCAGGCUGGAUUUCCCCCCAUUCGAUUAGGCGGACUGUGGCCAUUCCUGGCUAGAGAUCCCUUCGUCUGCAUUUGA